GGAACAUGGGCAUCUGGACAUCUGGCACUGAUAUAUUCCUAAGUAUCUGGGAGACUUAUGUGUUUCCAAGAAGCCCUGGAUGGACGGGCUUUAUCCAGCAUUUGGGAGUUUGCUGCUUCGUGGCUUUCAUUUCAGUGAGCCUUCUCUCUGUGGCCUUUUACUGGUUUCUGCCAUCCGUCAUAGCAUUCACCACCUCCUGCAUGAUCUUGUGUGUUCUGCUGUGCUGCUCCAAGCAUGUACGAUGUUUUGUUCUUCUCGUCUUUCUCUCUUGUGGCCUCCGUGAAGGCAGGAAUGCUUUGAUUGCAGCUGGGACAGGGAUAGUGAUCUUUGGACAUGUGGAAAAUAUUUUUCACAACUUUAGAGGUCUCCUGGACAGUAUGACUUGCAAUCUACGGGCAAAGAGCUUUUCCAUCCAUUUUCCACUUUUGAAAAAAUAUAUCGAAGCCCUUGAGUGGGUUUAUGGCCUUGUCACUCCACUGAAUCUAUUCGACGACAUUGUUUCUUGGAACCAGACUCUAGUGGUCUCUCUUUUUAGUCCCAGCCAUGCCCUAGAGGCACAAAUAAAUGAUACCAAAGGGGAAGUCCUGAGUGCAUUGCACCAUGUAAUCACCAUGACAGAGGUGUUGUCUUCCCUGGGUCAGAAGCUACUCACCCUCGCAGGGCUUCUGCUCAUCCUACUCUGCACUGGUCUCUUCAUGAAGCGAUUUUUGGGCCCCUAUGGCUGGAAGUAUGAAAACAUCUACAUCACUAGGCAAUUUGUUCGGUUUGAUGAAAAGGAGAGGUAUCAGCAGAGGCCCUGUGUUCUCCCACUGAAUAAGAAGGAACGGAAGAAAUAUGUUGUGAUCCCAUCUUUGUGGCUGACUCCUAAAGAAAGAAAAAACCUGGGGCUGUUUUUCCUCCCCAUCCUGACCCAUCUCUUCAUCUGGGUGCUAUUCGCAGCUGUGGACUAUCUGCUGUAUCGGCUCAUUUUCUCAAUGAGCAAACAGUUCCAAAACUUGCCGGGGCUUGAGGUUCACUUGAAACUGCACAGAGAGAAGCAAGGAAUUCAAGAUAUCAUCCAUGAUUCUUCCUUUAACAUAUCUGUAUUUGAACCCAGCUGCAUCCCUACACCAAGGCUCCUUCUGUCCAAGACAUGGAUUCUUCUCAGUAUCAUUCUUGUGGUAUUAGUGAUGCUGGGACUAUUGUCCUCCAUCCUGAUGCAGCUUAAAAUCCUGGUGUCAGCAUCCUUCUACCCCAGUGUGGAGAGGGAGCGCAUCCAACACCUACAUGCAAAGCUACUUAAGAAAAGAUCAAAGCAGCCAAAGGGAGAAGUCGAAAGGAAAUUGAAUCUGUACUUUACAAAGAUUCAUUUCUGGCUUCCAGUCCUGACAACAGUUAGGAAGAAACACAUGAACACUGCAGCUGAAGACAAUCUAUGAGAGACACGGAUCAGCAACUCAGCCCCAUGCACCA